AAAUGAGCGUAUAUUGCUGCUCCUCAUUUAAAUACAAAAACGAGUAAGUAAAUCCAGUAAAAUAGGAUGCCUUUUAUGUAACAAGGGAUUUACAAGUGUUUUUUUUGUAAGUUAUUGGAACUAAAGUACUGAACCUGCGCACUGGCGGAGGAAAUACGAGUGAAUCUGUGAAAGUGAAAGUAGUCUGGCAGCCUAACAGAACUCAGCAGAAUGGCUGCCAAUGAAUCGACACCAGAAAUGGAGUGCACCUGCCCUGUGUGCUGCGACAUAUUCAAGGAUCCUGUUGUGUUGCUGUGCGGCCACAGCUUCUGUAAGCACUGUCUUGCGGAGUGGUGGAGACAGAGUGGACUCCAGACAUGCCCGGUCUGUAAGGAACUGUUCCCAAUGGCUCAGCCUCCACGCAAUCUGGCGCUGAGAAACCUGUCUGACGCCUUGAGGGAAGGGAAGAAUCAGAGAGGGAAGAAUCAGAGAGCUCACCCAAGCACUGAGGAGAUCUGCAGUCUGCACAGUGAGAAGCUCAAGCUCUUCUGUCAGGAUGAUCAACAGCUCAUCUGUGUGAUUUGUAGGGACGCACAAAAACACAAGAAGCACAACUGCGUCCCCAUCGACGAAGCAGUCCAACCCUGUAAAGCCAAACUCAAGCUUAAGAUGAUGCAUUUAAAGACCAAACUGGGGUCAUCUAAAGUACAAAAAUGCAAGUGUAUUAAAAUGGCCGGUCACAUCAAGCUCCAGGCUCAGCAAACCGAGAAGAUGGUGAAAGAGGAGUUUCAGAGACUUUACCGGUUCCUGCAGGCGGAGGAGGCUGCUAGGGUGGAUGCAGUGAGGAAGGAGGCAAACUUCAAGAGUUUAUCAAUGGACAUCAUGAUUGUUAAUUUGACUGCAGAGAUCUCCUCCCUCACAGACAAGAUCAAAGCCAUAGAGAUGGAGAUGAAAGCUGAGGACAUUUCAUUUAUGCUGAAUGUCAAAUCCACCAUGGAGCGAUCCCAAUGCAGACUACCAGACCCAGAGACUCCACCAGGAGCCCUGCUCGAUGAGGCCAAACACCUGGGGAACCUGCUGUUCACAGUCUGGAAGAAGAUGCAGAACAUAAUCCAAUACACUCCUGUAACUCUGGACCCCAACACUGGCUGCUCACUGUUGACCAUAUCAGAACACAUGACCCGUUCAGCAAAACGCGACAAGAUGCACCCGCUUCCUGAAAACCCAGAAAGGCUGUUUGGCUAUACAGUUCUUGGCUCUGAAGGCUUUAGCUCAGGUAAACACAGCUGGGAUGUGGAGGUGGAGGUGGGGUGUUAUUGGGCAGUUGGUGUGGCUACUAGAACCACAGGUCCAACCUCUCAAAAGAUCUGGCGCAUCCACAUGUGUAUUUGUACAGACCUGCUGUAUGAAAGUUAUCCAGGUAAUGGAGAUAAAUUGAUAUCUAAACAUUCAUUUCCCCAAAAGGUCAGGGUGCAGCUAGAUUAUGACCAAGGAACACUAUCAUUUUUUGAUCUUGAUAGGAAAACACCUGUACACACCAUCAAAGACACUUUCACAGAAACCGUAUUUCCGUAUUUUUGUGAGAAUGUAAAAAUCCUUCCAGCUGAAUUCUCAGUGAGGAUGAGAAAACCCAGAUAAACAUUCUGCAUUACUGCAGAGGACUAACACAGAGAGGAAGCCUUAUUUUGGGACAUUAAGUGUUUACAAUAUGACUCUGAUUUCAGUAUGGCUCCGCUAUCUCUGUAACUUUUUCCACACUUUUUCACACAUUAACAGUAAUUGUAACCAGCGGUUUUCCUAGUUUCAAUUUGGUUUAGUCCGCCUUAAAGGGGCACUGCACUGAUUUUACUAGACGGCAACCCCUAAUUUUGUAAAGUAAAACCAAUGAGGAAGUGUCUUAAACUUUUUCUCUACUGGCCAGCAGGGGCGGCUCCUCUGGUCACAUAAAGAAGUCUGAUUGUAUAGAAGUCUAUGAGAAAAUUCACUUUUAUUAUAAUUUUUUUAUCUCCUCAGUAUACUUUGUAAACAUAAGUGUAUGGUCUUAGUCGCUAGUUUGAAAUCUUUGUCAAUACAGCAGGAUAUUCAUAGAGUAAAUGAUCGUCUCUUUUAAAGUAAAAUAGACCAAAAAGCCAUCAAUGCUGAACUCAAGGGUUUAAACAGCCGUUCAUAAACCAAUAGGCGACGAGUCAGGAUGACUACGUCCACUUAUAUACAUUCUAUAGAUUUUACAUAUUAAGUUCAGUUUACUCAUCAUGCAUAAUGUCUUCUGUGGCUCUGGAUAAGCUUUGAAAGUUUGUCUUGCGAGAUUAUGGGCAAUUGGGAAGUAUUGAGUUGCAUAGUGCGAAAUGAAGGAUCCAGUGCUUUUAGGGGUCGACCCAAACUAGGGACUAAGGGUGAAUGAAAAAGACUUUUAGAGUUCAUGUAAAUAUGUUAUAAGAUUAAGAUUAAGACAAUUUUUCCUGUUUUCAAUGUUUCCCUGUUUUGGGGGAGGGUGGGAGGUUGGAAGGUGUAGGCUACAGAUUUUAGUUUUUUGGCAAAUUUGUGAUUUGGGGCUAUAUAAACAAAAGUGACUUUUCUUGUACGUUCUUCAAUAUCAGAUAAAAUGUAUAUACAUUAAAAUGUAUUUCAAGUUAAUACUUCAAGUGCUCUUAUGUACAUGCCAGCUGCAAUGAUUGAAAUAGUCAAAGUUAGCUGAUUCUAAAGCAUCUAGUAUGGUGCUAUUACCAAUCAUGCAGGGUGUCUACAGUAACAUGGCUCUUCUGAUUUAUUUCUGUAGAAAAAGUUAUGAUUCUGCUAAAAACAAACAAAUAAACAGAUA